UAUUUUCUUUAUCUUGAAACCAAAUCUGAUUUUAACGGAUUUUAUUUUCUUGAAUCACUGUAGGAAUUUAGAAAAAAAAAUCAUAUUUGCUAAUACUGGCAAGGUAUCAUCUGGUGGGGAAAGAUACAAACAGAAAUGAGCGAUAUCGAACACACGUCAGAUAGUAGCAGUUCUAAUGAGAGUCCAGCUCACUUUGAGCAGGGGUCAUCGGUAGAACAGGCUGGUGCUGUUGCAGGGAAAUCUGAACCAACGAAACUAGAAAAGGAGAUGUUAAGUGUAAAAGAAAGUGUUACUGACAGACCGGCUGCUUUAAAGGUUGUGAAAACUGAUGACCAAACACAGUGUUCUCUGAAAAGUACUCAGCAGUUAACAACGAAAACGUCAACAGAUUUUUUGUCAAAAUAUGGUGGUCUUAAAGUUUUUCGGUCACCCCUUUGUCUGAUAAAGAAUGACAAAAACGGCCAACUCUCUUUAGAGAUGGAAGUCAUUGAAGAGAUAUCGAAAAUAGAGGAAACAGUAAAUGUCAAAGCCAUAGCUGGUCCAUACAGAUCGGGAAAAUCAUAUUUACUUAAUAGAUUGGCGAACGCUGAAAAAGGCUUUCCUCUCGGCAAUACUACAGACGCAACAACAAAGGGGAUAUGGGUUUGGUGCUUAGAACACCCCAAGCGGAAAGGCGAGGUUUUGCUGUUGCUCGACACUGAAGGAAUAGGAGAUGUAGCAAAGGGUGACGAUGAAAAUGACAACAACAUUCUUAGUCUGACGACUCUUCUCACGGGGACAUUUGUUUAUAACAUGUUGGGAGUCUUAGACGAAAAGCUACUAAAAAGACUUUCUUUUGUGACGAAGUUAUCGAAGCAGAUUGCACUGUGCAACUCACUAGCUGAAGAAAACUUGUACCACAUUCCAGAAAUUGGUUUUUAUUUCCCAUCAUUCGUAUUAUGCCUCCGUGAUUUUAGCCUUGAAAUGGUAAAUGGAGAAACACCUGAUGAUUAUUUAGAAAAGUGUUUGAAAAUAAAAAAGGGAAACGAAGCUAAAGGCCUAAAAUACAAUGCAAUCAGGGUAUCUAUUCUGCAGCAUUUUCAAAAUCGAAAAUGUUUUGUCUUUGACAGGCCAGCAGGACGUAAAAUGCUGGGUCGGUUAGAAGAACUAAAGGAGACAGAACUCAGCGCUGAAUUUGUAGAAGACACAUCCGUGUUUUUAGAAUAUAUGUACAAAUGUGAGCCAAAGAAGCUAAUGGAUGGCAGUCUUUUAAAUGGAAGAAUGUUUUCAUGCUUGGUGGAAAAAUACACCGAGGCAAUAUGUUCUGGAGACUUGCCGUGUAUCGAUGAUGCGUUGACUAUAAUGUCCCGACAAGAGAACCAGUAACUAUAAAAAAGAUAGUGAGCUGGUUUAAGGAACAGAUUACAUCUCUAGGAAAGCCACUACCAAACGAUUUUACUUCUAGGUACAAAGAGAUCCAAAAGGAGGCACUCAGUAUGUUCAGGAAAAUGGCCGUUCUGGAUGAUCAGCAAGAGUUUCAGAAAAUAGCAGAGAUCGAAAUGGACGAUUUCAAAGACAAAAUCGUUGAAGAAAACAAUGCGCAUGUUAAAGACAUUUACAUAAAAGUCUUGCAGAUCGUUUAUAAUAUAUUGAUCAAACCAAAAGUUACAAAAUGUGAAUACUUUGUGCAAGGUGGAUAUGAAAUGUAUACACGGGACUUUGAAAGCCUAAAGGAUCAAGUGAGACUAAGUCAGCCAGUAGCCGAUCCAAAUUUAAUUCAGGAGUGCAUCCUUGAGUUUGAGGAACAGUUUCAAAAGCAAGCCGAAGCGAUAUGUCAAAAAGCAGAGAUGAAUGAAGCACAAAUAAAAUGUGAAAUGCAAGCACAACAUGCGAAACUUGAACUGGAGAAGUCGGAACUUGAAUUAAAGAGAAAAGAAGAAACAGAAGAGAUAAACCUAUACAAGGAGGAUUUAUCAGCGCAAAUGGAACAAGACAAACAGGGAGUGAGGGAAAAUUAUGAAAAAAUAGUGAGUGAAUGGAAGAAAAGAGAAGAAUAUCUCGAAAGUAAAUUAAAGGAGCAUGCUGACUUGAUAGCCAAGAUUCGUGAAUAUAAAAGCACUUCCAGUAUACGAACCCAUAAGCCAGCCAUGGGUCAAACAGUGAUGAAAACCAUGUUUAAUCUACUUCCCGUGGUCGGUCCUAUAGCAACCGGGAUAUAUGAACGUUAUUCAUCUAAAUGAAAUGUUACUACUUUGUCUGUAUGCAGUGAUAGAGAACCUACACAAAUACGUUCAUUAGCAACAGUGUAUAGUGAAUUGUAUAUGUUUUUUACUACAUAACAGACAUACAUUCAAGAGACAUUAAAUCCUUGAAAGAGAAAGAAUAUAAUUGAAAGAAUACACGACAAGAACGCAAUAUAUCUAUAAGAUUGUCAACUGAAAAUCAAUAUUCAGCUACUUAAAUUUGCUUUUCAAAGUUGUUAAAUCCUUUUUCGACCUCUAUAAAAACAAUUAAUUUAUGACUAACUUAAAUAAUAGGAACAAGCAAAAGCAUUUUAGAUUUGUAUGCUAUUUAUAUUGACUAGAAUCAUGAUCAUUCAGACAAAAAUAUUAUGCUAUAAAUUUUACUAUAUACACACAACUGAAUAAAGGACAAAAAGAUAGUGGAAGUAUACGGCCGCAAAAAUCUCCCUUGGUAAUCACUUAUAUAUACGUGCCAAGUAGAGACAUUGGGGAAACACUAGCCAGCCAAAAGUCGGAUAUGGAUAUUAAAUUUUAUAAUAUUGCUAGCUUCAGAAUACACUGCUCUUCUGCACAAAGCCCUAUGUAUUAAAUCUUUUUCCACCGCACUACAGCACUUUAUACCGCUCUACAUUUUAUCGCACUUCAGCACUUUUUACCGCUCUACAUGUCAUGGCACUACAGCACUUUUACCGCUCUACAUUUCAUCGCACUACAGCACUUUUUACCGCUCUACAUUUCACCGCACUAAAUUUCACCGCACUACUAUGAAAGCCAAAAUUUAGAAGGUAAGUGGGCCUGCCAAGCAUAAUCGCUGUAAGAGCUGAACCCCGACCUCUAAUUGUAUAUGAUAAUUUUGUAAAUGCCAGAUUAUGUUACCUUCUGAGCUUGGUUUUUUCAUAGAUAUGAACCAUAGUUGGAGGAGGCAAAAAAUCCAGCCCUUAAAUGCAAAAGUUAAAACUGAGUUGUCUCCCUUGGUUUUUCAUUAGCAGAAUGACCAUAAUAGAGACACUUAAACUGAAACCGACGAUUGGCUGGCCAGAAUUUCCGCCGUUUGCGACAAUUUUAAAUUAUAUAUCAUAUUAUACAGGCAUACAUAAUAAAAUUUUCCUUGAA